AUGGCCUUGCCGCCAUUGCCGUUGGAAAUUGUUUCUAAGAUCCUACUGUAUAUUCCCUUGUCAUAUUUGAAGUAUUUCCAUGAACGGCUUCCCAAAGGAGACUCACUUAAGUCCAUUAUUCAAGGUGAAAUAUAUGGAAAAUUGGUCUAUGUUGCUGGGAACCAUUCAGACUCCCUAGAAGAAAGAGAAAACACGGAAGCCCAUCUGGUUCCUAAAUAUUCAGACAUUAUAGACGAUCAUUAUGUUGCAUCCAUUGAAGAACUUCGUGCUCUUGCCAGGCGUAUACUAAAAGCACAUGUGGUGCAAAUGAAGAUCAUUAUCCGAACUCAUCGGACACUCCAGACAUUUUUGGAUUUCUGCAACCAGUAUCCAGAAUUCAUAUCGGAAAUUCCAAGUAUUUGUGUCGUUGGAGAAGCGCAGAGCCUCCGACUUUUGACCAAUGUCAUAUACUGGGAGAAUAUCACACAUCUUGAGUUAAUUCAAGGUGAAGAAUUCACAAUGAAUUUAUGUCCACCACACUUGGAGAAAUUCUCGAUUGUAUUUCUGGACCAACCGACUCAGAUUAUGAAAGGUUGGCCUAAGACAUUGAAAUCCAUCAAGAUUCAAGACGCAAGGUGCGCGAAGAGUAUACUACUACCUGACAGCCUUCAAGAACUAAUUUGCCAUGACUCUAUGGAACUCUGGACGACCUACCCUUCAAGCCUCAGACUAUUGGACCUAUCUCAUAGUAUUUCGGAUGUUUCAUGUAUCCACAUUCCUAGUCAAGUUAGGGAUUUGAGCUUACAAUUCUGUGAUUUAAAAGAUGAGGACCUACGGCAGAUCCGAUUCCCACCUCAAUUGAAGAGAUUAGACCUAAAGUACAAUUCCAUAAGGAGUUUGGCAGAUGUUCUGUUUCCAUCUUCUCUAAUAAUGAUAGAUGUGCAAGGAUGUCUCAUAAACAGACUUGACGAUAUGUGUUUACCCGAUGGUUUGCAGGAGCUUUAUGUUGGCUCUAAUCAGUUGAAAAGUUUAGACAAUGUGAUAUUUCCACAGUUAAAGUUGCUUGACAUUUCUGCAAAGAAUAAAGACCACAACAUCUUCAAUUUUUCCAAAGUAAGGUUUCCUUCUAGUCUUGAAUCUUUGCUGGCCGAUGGACACAAGACGAAGGAUUGGUCAAAGGUGACACUUCCAAUCGGUCUUAAAAGAUGGACAUUCAGCACAGUCGAGGACUCACGUUACUUGUUGUUUCCAUCUAAUUUAGAAGUUCUUUUUAUAGAGUUUCCCGAAUCUUCACAGUCAAAGUUCUGCGACUUAAAGCUUCCUUCCACGUUGCAAGAGAUCUCGUUGCACCACGGAGUAUCCAGUGACUUCCACUGGAACCUCCCACUUUUAUCUACAAUGUCCAUAAAGGAUUGUAAGGGUCCAAUUCAGUUUCCUUCCAGUUUGAUAGAACUCAACAUCCAAGGCUUGUGUGAUCAGAUGUUCAGAAAUGUGCAACUUCCCUGUGGACUUCGAAAAUUGACAUCUACAUAUCCAUUUGCGAAGUAUCCGGAGAGUUUGACAGACUUAGAGGUCCACCUUCCAGGCAACAAGUAUUCAGAAAUACCUCGGGGUUUGAGGCGAGUACAGCAUCCUCCACAGCUCCGGCCGAGUCUUGAGCAGAAAUUUCCAGGCAUUCCGAUAUUAGAUGCCACAUCUAGUGAUCUCAAUGAGUAUUUCAAUACGGCCGAAAUCGACUGGUCGUAA